GUACCAGACAAAGAUGGSCUCUCCAUUGUUUCUYGGUUUUGAUCUAAGUACUCAGCAAUUAAAAGCUUUGGCUAUCGAUGAAAAGCUCAGUGUAGUUCAUGAAGCAUCCGUCCACUUUGAUAAUGACUUAACAGAGUUCAAAACUCGAGGGGGAGUUCAUCAAAAUGAGGACAACCUUACAGUCACUGCUCCAACUCUGAUGUGGGUCAAAGCUUGGGACCUAUUGUUCGCAAAGAUGAAAGACAGUGGUUUUGAUUUUCAGUCCGUUGUGUGUCUAUCCGGUACUGGGCAGCAACAYGGUAGUGUUUUCUGGCGAGAWGGAUCAAGAGARACAUUGAAAACGUUGACAAAASAACAAUCUUUCUAUGACCAGCUGAAAAACUGUUUUGCAGUGAAUGAUUCUCCUAUUUGGAUGGACUCAAGCACUACAUCUCAGUGUCAAUCUCUUGAGAGUGCCUUGGGUGGUCCAAAGAAGGUUGCUGAAAUAACAGGCUCAAGGGCAUAUGAACGCUUUACAGGCAAUCAGAUCRCCAAGGUUUAUCAGACUAAACCUGAUGCUUAUGAAAAGUGUGAAAGAAUCUCCCUUGUCAGUAGUUUUGCUGCUUCUUUAUUCAUCGGUGAUUAUGCCCCGAUUGACCUGAGUGAUGGCUCUGGCAUGAACUUAUUGAACAUUGAAACUAAAGACUGGGAGAAUGACUGCUUAAAGGCGUGUGCACCAGGUCUCAGAGAAAAGUUAGGCUSUCCUGUUCCAUCUUGCUCCAUUGUUGGCAAUAUUUCCAAGUAUUUGGUUGAMMGAUUUGGRUUUUCUCCUGAAUGUAAAGUUGUUGCAUUCACUGGGGAUAAUCCAGGUUCCCUUGCAGGUAUGAGACUUGAUAAAGGUGAUGUUGCCAUCAGUCUCGGAACAAGUGACACAYURAUGUUGUGGAUUGACAAACCAUCUCCUGCCCUUGAGGGUCACAUCUUUGUUAAUCCURUUGAUGAAAAGGCAUACAUGGCUCUUCUUUGCUUCAAAAAUGGAUCUCUAACAAGAGAGUCAAUUAGGAACAAAUGCUUUGGAUCAGACUGGGAACARUUUAACCARGCCUUAACAUCUACAUCACCUGGAAAUGAUGGCAACAUUGGGAUAUACUUUGAAGUGACAGAAAUCACACCACCUGCUAAAGGUGUCUAUAGRUUCAAUGCUAAAGAUGAAAAAGUUGAAUCUUUCUCAAAGAAUACAGAGGUCAGAGCACUCGUUGAGGGUCAGUUUAUGKCAAAAAGGGCCCAUGCAGAACUUCUGGGCUAUAGUCUUGCUCAAGAUUCAAAGAUUUUAGCUACAGGAGGAGCAUCUUCAAACAAGUCGAUCCUUCAAGUCCUAGCUGAUGUAUUCAAUGCCCCUGUUUAUACCAUCAAAGACACAGCCAAUUCAGCUUGUUUAGGUUGUGCAUACCGUGCAAAGCAUGGCUGGCUUGGGACAGACAAGCACCCAUUUAAGGAUGUAGUCCACAAUGCACCACCCUACCAACUAGCUGUUCAACCAUGCCCUGACGCCAAAGAGAUAUAUACUUYAUUAACUGCUAGAUACAUACAACUUGAGAAGAGUAUUAAAAAAUUCUAAUAUAUAUAUAUAAUUCUAAAAACCAGAGAGUCAAUCUCAGAAAAUAUUUAGAUUUUUAAUAAUUUAUAUUUUUGAAMAAUCAAAUAAAAAGUGGGAAAUGGAUCAAAAUUGAAAGAGAAAGAAAAUUGUCAAACAUUGUUGUGGAAAAAAUUGAUUGCAAUCAUGUUAUCCCAAUUUUUCAGGAAAUGAACAAUGAUGAUAAUUAUUGUAUAGGGGUUUGAGGGAGAGGAUUUUACGGAGGGGGUAAUAACCACCCCACCCACCGGCCCUCCUAUUUUUAAUAAAACCUUGAUCCUCACCUGAAGUUGCAUAAUAUCUCCACAUUAUUGCACACAUUGUAAUGAUUUUGAGUUAUUAUGUGUAAUGCUGAUAAAUUCAUUUAUUAAAAUAUUGGAUUUUGCACAAAUGUA